AGAUUUUGAAUCGCUGUCAGCAGCGUGAGUCAGUUCCACAAGCAGGCCUCCAAUCCAACAUGUGUCAGCAGUCUGUAGAGGUUUUAAAUGGUGAAUGUGUCACGUUUUUACAGGGGCACCCUGUCUGGAAAGGUGUACUGUAAACCACCCGCAGUUUCACACUGUGUCUACAUGAAUAUUGUGGCUGGAGAGACACGGCUCUGAACAUGGUCUUCAUCGGGAUUCAGGAGGAGCAAGAUUACGAUGAAGCAGCAGGUGUGGGAGAGAUCUGACUCGGUGUGUGUGGGCCCGUAAGCGUGACACAGAGCGGGAGAUGAGGACUUUUAUUUCUGUGGGUGGAGGCGGUGAUGGAGGGGAGUCCCGCGGCCUCCGCAGCAGGGUGGGCAGGAUGAAGAAGCUGCUGUGGCUCAGGCCGAGUCACUGCGUGGACGUCCACACAGACACGGAGCCUGGCGUGUGGCUGACCAGCUUCCAGUCGUUGAACACGGAUGGACAGUACGAGGAUCAGGUGCAGGAGUGGGGGGAGGAGGAGGAGGACGGGGCUGUGUUCGGCGUCACGCUGCGCAGGGAGCCGGUGCUGCCGAGCUCAGACACGGCGGAGCUCCCCACAGCCUUCAGCUUCGCCCACUACCACACGGUGAAGCUGCGCAGACUGAAGGCCGGCACCAUGGAGCGUCUGAUCACCCACCUGCUGAACCCCGAGCACCAGGAGCCCGACUUCAUCCGCGUCUUCCUCUCCACCUACAGGGCCUUCACCUCCACCAGCACCCUCGUCGAGCUGCUGUUUCAGAGAGAGGACUCAAUCACCAACCUGGACAACAGUGUCUGCCCACGCAGUACCUUACCCCCGGUGAUCCGGCUGUGGCUGGAGGAACACAGUGAAGACUUCCACGAGCCCCCUCACUACCAGGCCCUCCGGCUGCUGUGUGUCCACUUGCGGCAUCGCCUCUGCUUCAGACGCUUGGCUCAGACUGCCGAGAACCUCCUCAAGAGGCUCCAGGAGCGAGAUUGCAGCCAGUCUGCGUCACAGCACAGCGCUGAACCAUCGCAGCAGGAGCACAGCGAUCAGGGGGACGCAGGAGAGACCUCCACCAAGGAGGAAGACAAAUACAACUUUAUGGACUUCCCUGUGACAGAAGUGGCGGAGCAGCUGACACGAUUGGACGCUGAGCUGUUUGUCAGAGUGGUGCCCUUCCACUGCCUGGGCUGCAUCUGGUCCCAGCGCGACAAGAAGGAAAACCGAAACCUGGCGCCCACCGUCCGUGCCACCAUCUCCCAGUUCAACGCCGUCACCAACCGUGUCAUCACCUCGCUCCUCUGGCCGUCCUCUCCCAGCCCUUCCACUUCCUCUCCCAUCUCAUCACCCAGCUCCUCCUCUACCUUCCUGUACCCCUCCACUGCCCCGAACUCGCCUCGCUGCUCUCAUGGCAGCCCCGCCCACAGGGCACGCAUCAUCGAGCGGUGGAUCACUAUUGCUCAGGAGUGCAGACGGCUGAAGAACUUCUCCUCUUUGAGGGCCAUCCUCUCAGCCCUGCAGUCCAACGCGGUGUAUCGUCUCAAGAAGACCUGGGCUGCUGUCAGCAGGGAAAGCAUGAACACCUUUGACCACCUGUGUGAGACUUUCCCCGACGAGAACUGUGUGCUCACCAGCAGAGAGAUCCUGGUGGAGGACGGGACUCACCCAGAUGGCAGUGCCACCCCGAGCUCAGUGUCCAGACACAUUAGCUUCAGCAGCGGAGUCGUGCCGUACCUCGGCACUUACCUGACGGUCCUCACCAUGCUGGAUACAGCACUGACUGACACUGUGGAGGAUGGACUUAUCAACUUUGAGAAGCGCAGACGGGAGUUUGAGAUUGUCUCUCAGAUUCGGCAGCUUCAGGCUUCCUGCUCGCACUACAGUCUACCAGUAAACCCUCUUAUCGCCGUCUGGCUGCAGGCUCAUACACUGCUCACAGACCAGGAGAGCUACGAGCUGUCUCGUGACCUGGAGCCUCCCGUCGACCCGUGUCCCAGCUCUCCCAACUCAUGGAGCAGUCGGCUGCUCACGAAGAAACUUGCCUCGUUGCGAACAUCCAGCGAAAGCUCCCUCAGGAAGACCCACGCCGACCAGAUCAGCGUGUCGUCUUCGGGCUCCAGCAGUUCGGACAUGGAGGACCUCUCCGCCCCUCAGCCCUCCCCGCUCAGACUCAAACUCAAGUGUCUCUCAGGCUCUCUCCACAAUGUUGCAGAGGAUUUCUCCUCCAGCUCCUUGUCCUCCUCCUCUCCCAGUCUGUCCACCUCCUCCUCACAUCCAGACCUCAGCUCUUCUUCUCUGGUGCUGAGCCCAGAGUCGUCAUCGUACGGCUGCUCUCCUCAGGCCGCGCUGCCCGUCUACAACAAACAGGUUGCAGACUCGUGUAUCAUCAGGGUCAGCGUGGAGUCUGUCAGCAAUGGAAACGUCUACAAAAGCAUACUGCUGACCAGUCAGGAUCACACGCGUCAGGUGAUUCAGAGGGCUCUUGAAAAGCACAACAUGGAGGACGUCAGCUGCUGUAGUUUCAACCUCUGCCAGAUGCUCAACGAUGGAAAAGAACUCCAGAUCCCAGAGAAAGCCAACGUCUUUUAUGCCAUGUGCACCUCCGCCAACUUCGACUUUGUGCUGCGUCAGCGCUGGAGGAGCCACGGCAGACGUCUGGGCUCCUCUUUCAGUCCUGCAGCUCAACUCAAGAGCCGGCCUCGCCAAGUGAAAAGCAUCUGUCCUGACUGACUGCGAGGAAACGUGUAGAGACAGAGGAGCUGCUCGUCUGCAAACAGCCCAACACGUCUGACGCUGUUUGUGUGAGAUCACUGUACAGCAGAUAUGACACAGAGACUCCCACGCAACGGAGCUUCCACUGAGGAAGGAGUUCUCAUCAAGACGUAGUCUCCACCGGGAUCAACGCUGAAAUGUGUUACACUGAGAAUUAAAGAGUGAUGCAUGAAGAGAGAAAUGUCUGAGUACACAGAAGUGAGACACCGAGAAAGAAAUAAGGAUUCUGUAUCCUGGUAUUGUUCUACAUCACCGUAAACAUCGACAUCUCUGGAUCAAUGACCCACAAGUCACACAGGACCUUGAGAUAAACUCACUUGUAUUUUCGUGCACAGUGCAUGGUGUAUUACUGCGCAUCAUGAAGUGAGCAGUGCUUCAGGUUUCACUGCAGCUAAAUGCAAACAGGAUGAGGAUCAGCUGGUCUGGGGAAACGCUCAUGUGUCGUGAUUCUACAGGAGUAAAGGUGGCUGCAGACUCGGCUGCAGUUUCUUGUCUGGGACUCGUACAGCAGACUUGUCCUCCAGCCAUCGAAGAACAAUGAGCCUCCCUCCUGAAUCCAUCAGUGUUUGAAACACCUGUGGGCUCCUGACAUUGAGUUUUCAUUUGUCCGGAGAGUCGGUAAUGAGUAUUCACUCGUCUUCUGGUUGAGGAUUUAAAUGUUUUAAUGUAACUUAAUGUGUUUUAGCAAAUUAUUAUUUAAUGCAAUGUCAGUAUUCAGCUUUUAGAGCAAAAGUGGGAAAGUCUUCAUUUGGACAGUUCGCCUAGAGAUGGUUAUUGUAACAUUUUAACAGCUUGUUAGUUGAGAUUCUACUGUUUUGCUUCAUCUUAAGAUGUUGAACAGAUUAUCUGUAGAGUAUAGGUAACCUUUCAUAUCGUAGCGCAUGUUCUCAGAAUAUUUCAGUUUAAUUUAUAUGCAUGUUUAUGAAUUAUCAGAUCUAGAUAUUCUAGAUUAAACAUCUACUGACAAAGCAAAACUAAAAAGCUGUUGAAAUGUUACAAAUACUAUUCAAAUAAACUGUAACCCAAAGGUGGCGUAAGGAACAUGUGGAUUCUCUCUUCAGUUCUUAAUUCUCAACUGUUGCCAGACUUUGGUGUCUCAUGAGCUCAACUCAAGUUUGUAUUCUUUUGAAUGAAGAAAGCUGAUGUUGUAUGUGAGCACAAUGUGCACGUAGACGUAAGAACAGCGAGGUCUGAAGCUCACUCCACAUGUGUGAGGCUGUGAAGGAGAUUCAGCUGAAGAAUGGUUCAUGGAUGUGAAAAUGAAGUGUCUCUGUAAGUGAAUUUAAGUUGAUAUAUAAUAUCAUCUCAGUGAUGUCAAAUCCUCCCUAAAACUCUAAGGCAGCUUUCUGCAAGUGUUAAAAGUGAAAACCGUAAAGUCACAUUUUUAGAGUGGUUCACGUCAAUGUUUAAAUUUAAUAGAAACAAAACACACACGGGUGUUUCUCCUCAGUUUGGGGCAGGAUUUAGCGUCUCUGGGAGCAGCUUGAAUGCUGCGGUGGUUUGUAAGUCGGGUGUCUGGCAGCUGCAAUAUAAAGUAUGAAGGAGGACUUCUGUCCCUGUUAUUAGUAGGCUUUUUGUUUUCACGCUUUCUGUAUUAUGUUAAGAUGUUAUCGACGUUACUGUAUGCAAGUUGUAAUUUAAGCCUACAUGUCUUUUGAGCUAAUAUUUUAUUUGAACAGAUUCUUUAUUUUUUAAGUUUAAUCUAAGCACUUGCUCUUUAUAAUUAGUAUUAAUAAAGUAAAUAUACUAUUUAUCAUAGUGCCACAAUUGUUUGUAUUUAUUGUAUUGCUCAUGAUUUAGGAGUGUCUUGAGUUCAGACAAAUAAAGGAAAGAAUGAUUAGAUAUCAA